CCGCAGCGGACCUCGAGAUAAUCAAGAUGGCAACAUGCGAUGACUACGAGAUCCAUACGGCGCAAUGCGCCCUGCCCAGCAAGAGCUCACGCCGCCUGACAAUGAAACGGGAGGGUCGUCUGCCCAAGGCCUCCCUCGGCCGACCCAAGUCUUGCUAGUUCCGCCCACCAAUCCAGGCAGCUGCGGCGUACCCUCCUCUGCAGUAUCGCCCCUACUGCGUGUCUCUUCGUCACCCUAUUCGGCUUCUAUGGAGCUUCGGCCUCCCGCUCCCCUUCGACUACAGUAAUCGCUGAGUUUGCCGCGAUGAGCUUGGUCAUCCUCUUCAACUGACACUGUAAUGACUUCUGCCUAAUCAAGUACCCUGACA